AUAAAUACGUAUAGCUCUACACAACAACUCCCCCACAACCCUAUUGUCAAAACUACUCUAACCUCCCUCCUCUCUUUUCCUGAUCUCUAUUAAUUAUCUUCUUCUCUCUCUCUCUCUCUCUCUCUCUCUCUCUCUCUCUCUCUCACACAACAUGACACCAAUGGCGAAAAGCUCAAAGAUUUUCUCUCUUCUCCUCCUAUUCUCUUUAGGUAGUCUAGCUUCAGCGACAGUAUUUACCAUCCAGAAUCAUUGUGCUUACACAGUGUGGCCUGGAAUUCUCUCCGGAAACGGGCCCACACUCGGGAAUGGUGGAUUUUCAUUGGGCCCAGGUUCAUCAAGCCAGCUCACGGCCCAACCCGGCUGGUCAGGCCGGUUCUGGGGAAGAACCGGGUGCAACUUCGACGGUUCAGGUAACGGCGAGUGCGCCACAGGAGAUUGCGGCUCUCUACAAUGCACCAAUGGCGGCACGCCACCUGUCACUCUGGUCGAGUUCACGAUCGGCACGGGUCCCACGGGCAAAGACUUCUACGACGUAAGCCUCGUCGACGGUUACAACGUUGGGAUGGGAGUCAAGGCGACCGGCGGAACCGGUGACUGCCAGUACGCCGGGUGCGUCACCGACUUGAACGGUAACUGCCCGUCUGAGUUGCAGGUCACCGCGAGUGGCUCGGUAGUCGCGUGUAAGAGCGCGUGCGAGGCAUUCAACACGGCCGAGUUUUGUUGCACUGGGGACCACGCGACACCUCAGACAUGUUCGCCGACACAGUACUCGCAGAUGUUCAAGAAUGCUUGCCCCUCCGCUUACAGUUACGCGUACGACGAUGCUUCUAGCACGUGCACUUGUUCCGGGUCGGAUUAUUUGAUCACGUUUUGCCCAACCGGGUCACGAUGAUCAUAGAUUAUAGUGUUUGUUAAUUUCUUGGGGCCUAUUAUGAAUUUAUUUAUUAAUAUUCAUAUUAUUUAUGUUAUGUUAUUCUUAACUUUAACGUGCUUGGUUAUUAUUGAUUGUUAUACUUUGAUUUGAAGUUUUAA